UUUCCACCAAUGUUUUAGGACAGCCAAAGCAGCAAACCGCAGGUCAACUUAUGGUUCGACAUCAACUCCUCGCAGUGGCCAAUUGUCUAUUGCCGUCAUUACAAUGUGAGGUUUGCGGGACUUGAGAAGAUGCAUCCCUUUGAUGCGUCGAAGUGGGGUAACAUAUUCCAGUUUCUGAAGGACGAGGGGCUGGUGACUGAGGACUCAGUGGUAGUGCCAAGAGAAGCUACUGAAGCUGACUUGCUUCUGGUUCACACCAAGAAAUAUCUCAAUAGCUUAAAGUGGAGCUGGAAUGUUGCAGCUAUCGCAGAAGUGCCUGCUCUUGCCCUCCUACCAAACUUCCUAAUACAGAAAUUCUACCUUCAGCCAAUGAGGUACCAGACAGGAGGAACGGUUCUGGCAGGAAGACUGGCACUGGAACGGGGCUGGGCUAUUAACAUCGGCGGAGGCUUCCACCAUUGCAGUGGGGGUCAUGGCGGUGGUUUUUGUCCAUAUGCGGAUAUCACAUUGCUCAUACGCCACCUGUUUCGAUAUGAGGCAAGCCGCGUCCGUACUGCCAUGAUAGUGGACUUGGACGCUCAUCAGGGUAAUGGCCAUGAAACAGACUUCCUGGGUAAGGAGACCAGUGUGUUUAUCAUGGACAUGUACAACAGUAACAUCUACCCACGAGACCGCAAGGCUGAGGAAGCCAUCAGAUGCAAGGUCAAGCUCCAGUCCUUCAUCGAGGAUAGAGAGUAUCUCGCUUCUGUUAAAAAAUACUUAGAUGAGAGCCUAGCCAACUUCCACCCUGACAUCCUGGUAUACAACGCAGGGACUGACAUCCUGGAGGGAGACAGUUUAGGACUUCUCUCUGUCUCUGCUCUUGGUAUAAUUGAAAGAGACGAGAUUGUGUUCAGAAGAGCGAGAGAACGCAAUAUCCCCAUUGUAAUGUUGACAAGUGGUGGAUACUUAAAAAAGACGGCUCGUAUCAUAGCUGACUCUAUCCUGAACCUUCACGAACAUGGCUUGAUCAGCUUGGAUAUCACAUAGUUCUUCCAGUAGAUUACAAACACACUGCUCUUGAAAAAUAAGCUUUAAUCAUGCCUUUUCUUCUAGAAAAUGAUAAAUGUUAAGUUUUAUCACUGUUAUUUGCUUAUGUUGCAUGUAUUAUUUCUAAUCAGUAUUUAUAGGGUGGUGCAAAAAGAACGCAUGAUUUUAAAAUGUUAUAAGCAAGUUUAUUUUAAUCAUACAAACAGUUUAUUAACACCAAAAUAAUUCAGCACAACACAACCCAAUUUUAGAAUUGGGCAUUAAGAAUUCCAAAUUACUAAAAUUUUUUAAUUUAACAUCGUAAAUACAAGUCUUUUUGCGUAAAAUCACAUUAAAAGUCUCUCUUCAGAGUUCUUCAUAACUUUUGUCAAAUUGUCCUGUGCUAAUGUAGCAAUUUCUUUACAUAUUGCAGCUUCCAA